UGCCCCGAGCUCAUUUGCUGGAGUUUUAUUACUGGACAAGAGCGGCAGCUCUGGGAGGGGGAGGGGAAGGGGGGGUCACCUCAUCCCCCCACUCGCCCUGCCAAUGACCAGUGACUCUAACCCCCAGGAGACCCCCAUGAAGCAUCACUUCACUUUGCAGAACAACAGUUGAUGAUCCAAAAAAUCAAUUCGCAGCUGCCUUUAGCCAUGAGCUGUUUGGAUGUUAUGUACCAAGUCUAUGGUCCUCCCCAGCCUUACUUUGCAGCAGCCUAUAGUCCUUAUCACCAGAAACUAGCCUUUUACUCGAAAAUGCAGGAAGCCCCGGAAAGCGCCAGCAGUGCCAGCACCAGCAGCGGCAGUAGCUCCUUCUCCAGCCAUGCCCCUGCCAGCAUCAAGGAGGAAGACUGCAGCCCCGAGAAGGAGCGCCCCCCCGAGGCCGAGUACAUCAACUCCCGGUGCGUCCUGUUUACCUACUUCCAAGGGGACAUCAGUUCCGUGGUAGAUGAGCACUUCAGCCGGGCCCUUAGCCAGCCCAGCAGCUACUCGCCCAGCAGUGCCAGCGCCAAGACGUCACGGAGCACCAGCUCUUGGAGGGACGGCUCCUUCCCGAUGAGCCAGCGCAGCUUCCCCGCUUCCUUCUGGAACAGCGCGUACCAGCCCUCCUCGGGCCCGGCCUCCCUGAGCAGCAGCCUGGGCAGUCCCCUGGCCGCCGCCGGCCACAGCGAGCUGCCCUUCGCCGGGGCCGACCCCUACUCGCCGGCCGCGCUGCACGGCCACCUGCACCAGGGCGGGCCGGAGCCCUGGCACCACCCGCACCCGCACCCCUACCUGGGCGCGCAGGCCUCCGCCUACCCCCGGCCCGCCGCCAUGCACGAGGUCUACGGCGCCCACUUCGACCCCCGCUACAGCCCGCUGCUGCUGCCCGCCGCCUCGGUCCGCCCGCACCGCCUGCCGCCCGCCUCGGCGCCCGCGCCCGGCAGCCCCCAGUGCGAGCUGGGCAAGAGCGAGCCCGCCAGCGCGGCCUGGGCGGCGCCGGGCCCUUUCCCCAGCCCGCCGGGGGACAUGGCCCAGGGCCUGGGCCUCAAUGUGGACGCAGGUGCUCAGGAGACGCUUUUCGCAGCUCGGUUUUCCCUGGAAAGGUGAGACAGAGAGAGCCCUGGUUUCUCGGAGGCUCGCCGUUAUUCCUUCUGUGGUGGAUCUCUCCUGAGCUGAACUGCUGACUCAAAGACCCCCGAGUCCCCUUCCUCUCUUCCUUCAGACAAGCCCACCACGGCUCAGCAUCUAUCUCAGGCAUUUCAAGGACAAGAACACCGGGAAGGCAAUGGGACUUCAUACUACAGUACUUGGCAUUUCAGAUACAA